AUGACGGGUCGAGCAAGGGGAAGAAGCCGUGGCCGCGGUCGCGGCGGAGAUCAGGCCCGAAGACCCGGAGAUGUGUCACAGCAGGAGCAGGCUCCCCCAGGAGGAAGAGGAAGAUCGCGAGGUCCUCCGCCAGCGCAAGCAGCUCAAGCUCCGGCUCCUGUUCCACAGAGACCACCUGUAACACAAGAGCAAAAACCAGCUCCCGCACCACCAACUCAGGCCAUGGCUGGGAUGAGCGUCAGUGAACAAAGGCCAUCGCGCGAUCGGCGUCGAUUGAGGGAGGACCCAGACUGUGAUGUAGCCACAAAGCCAGCCCAUAUUUCAGAUAAGAAGGGUGGGUCUGGUGGACCGAUAACCUUGCUGACAAAUCACUUUAAGCUCAAGACUAAAACAAACUUUGGUGUAUACCAGUACAAUGUCAGCUACCAGCCUGUACAAGAUUCUAAGAGAGUGCGUGUAGGCCUUUUGAAAAGCCAGAAAGAUUUGAUUGGUUCAGUCCACGCCUUUGAUGGAAUGAUGCUGUUUCUCCCUAUCCGCCUUCCAGAGGUUGAGACUGUACUGAAUCUAACCAAACUGAAUGGUGAUCCUGUGCAGAUGACAAUCACGUACACAAAUGAGGUUCCUGUGGGAUCCCCAAACAUGAUGCAGCUGUUCAACAUCAUUUUUCGCAGGUCAGUUUUUGUUAGUGAAAAUGUUCAAGUUUUGCUGCUAAAACUAGCAGGGAUUCAAAAUUAGGGGAGCGUGCAGGAAGCAGGGGAGGGGUGGGUAAUAAGAGGUAUUGGUAAGGGGAUGUGAAGCUUUAUGUACUUGUAAGAUUGAUAAAUGAAAAUCAAUUAUUUGUUUUCACUGUAACACAAUCAAAAUGAUAAAAUGCAAAACAUUCAGUACAGAAAGUCCAGAAUCUGGGAAAUGAAAAAAUAUGAAUGCACGAAAAGUCUUGCCAGGAAACAGGACUGUUCAAUAAUUCAUAUACAAGAUAUUUGGAAAAGAGGUUUACGCAACAAGGCUGCUGCCUAAUGGGUGCCCAUUCACCAGAGGUGCCCACAAUUUUCCUGCAGGCGGUUAAAAUUUUAGACAAGUAGCCCUCAUGGGUGUCUAAAAACCAAAACUUAAUGUGUCUUGUCGACCGUGGGUAGAAAAUUGCUUUGGAUAAAAAGUAAACAAACAACAGGAAUGGCACUAGGAUUUUUCAAUCUGGGUCCUCAGACCAACAUGUCCGGUCUAAUUGGGGUCCCACGCAUUUUGGGUAGGUCCCAAAAUCUUGGUGACCCUCCCCUAAGAAAUUCUUUCUGUUGUUGUUAUGAGAAAGAGUGACUGCCAAAUUACUGUUACCUAAGCUUUAUCGUCUUUUUUUUUUGUUUGAAAACAUAAGCUAGCAUUGUCACUUGUGGCUUUGAGAUGUUGCUGAAGCAACACUUUUGCCAAACUUUUGUGAUCCACCUGACUCAUGUGAUGAACAAGCACCUAUUGUUGGAAAUUUAUGCAUCCGGUCAUGAACACCUUCUUCUUUCCAGCUUUUGUGCAAUCCUUACAAAUCAUCAAUAAGUCAUCGCCUAAGCUUCUUGUUUGCGGCCAUCCAAACUAUUUCAGCUAUUUGUCCAAAAACUGAUUGUCUUCCUCCCUUUUCACGUUUCAUUGCCAUGUUACAGGCACAUUUAAGUGGGUACUCAACCAGCACAAUCAAUCAAACAAUGAACAAACAUGGCAGGAGCUCAUUAAAGUUUCCCAGAUGUGUAAAUUGUUUCCAGGCCCCUUUGUGUAGUUAAAUGCAAUAUGGCAGCCACAAUGUGAAUUUUCUUUGUUCGAAAUUUUUUUACAUGUCACUCAAACAACAAAAUCUAUUCAAGAUUCAAAGUGAGUGGAGUGAGUUCUGCAAGUAAACAUCUUGCAUCCUGGGAUGCAUUAAAAUUUUGAUGAUGCAUUUUUUGCAUUUUGUUUGCGUAAAAAUGCACCCAUUUCUGCGUUAACGUGAUCUCUGCAAGCACCUGUCUUGAAAUUCGCUUCAGUGACUUUCACUCCGGCUCUUCAAUGAAGUUUCUUGUCUGUAAAGGAUAUCAAAGUAUAAUACUCUUAGAAUAACUUUUGGUAUCCAAAUCAGGGCUUUUCCCAGCAUUUUGCCUCAAGAAAUGUUAGGCCGUUGUUGUAUGUUAAGUUGAGAUGUGUGUAAAAAGCAAGAGGUUUCAAAUUAUGUGACAUUUUUUACUUGCAUCUACAACAACGCAAGUUAAGCAUUUUAUAUCUUGCUACGCAUGGUACAGUCGGUGAUGUCUGUGUCUGAUAUUAUUCAUUCAGUAUUAUCUAUAGAGUAGAAAGCUUUAUUAAUGUGUCAGAGCCGUAUAGCUUGGGAACAAUCCCAUACUAAUUUGGGGACACAAUUUAUAAUUAAAUUACUGGAAUUACCGAUAAAAUAAAGAAGUAAAAAAUAUUUAAACUACGCAUAAUAUGUUAUACUAUAAUGAUAAUCUAAAAUAAGUAAGAGAGAAUUGUAAAAUUAAAUGGUUAUGAUGUGCAGAGAGAACAGCUCUUACAUCCAUCAUCUAUCAUUGAGCUUAUAUUAUGUGUUUGUUUUGUGUUGUUGUACAUUUUGGGGUAAUUUUUGGAGGCUUGCAAAAACAUUUUUAAAAGAUUCAUGGCGGCUAUUUCAGCUCAUAUUUCAAUCUCUUUAACCCAUUCGCCCCUGAGCCGGCCGUAACCGCCCAUGGGGAUUCAUGUCCCUUCUACUGCAUGUCACAAUGUCACUUUAUUAACAUGUCAAAAUCUUUGCAGCUGGCCACAAGUUACGGACACACAAGGUUAAAUCAAGCCAAACAGAAAGAUAUCGGAAUCCUCGUGAAGUCUUAUGAAUGAACACAUGUUCCACCAAAAAGCCGCCAUGUUUGUUUUUAGCCAUUCACAGCAAUCAAACGCAGUGUACAUGCACAAGUCCAGCAAACUGCCAACCAUCUUAAAUUUCUGACACCCUUUAUAAUUGUUAUCUAUCCAGUUUCCGGGCUCGCAAUUUUGUUGCACAGUACUAUUGUUACAAUGUUUUCAUAAAAAAAGUCUAAACAUUUUUACGUCAAAAAAUGAUGUUCAGUUUUUGUGUUGUAGAAAUCAGUCCUCAUACAUGAAGUACCUACCUGUUUAUAACAGAACCGUGUUUUCGAGCUAAUCAUGUAACAUUGUGUAGUUUGGAACUUAAGCAGGAUUUUGCCUUUCCAUUUUCAAAUCUGCACAACAAGUAGGACACAAGAUUGUCAAAUUUUUUAUUUCUUUAUUAAUUUAGGCGAAAACUGGUCGCAAAGUUGCAACUGCUGAAGGAGUUUUAGUCGUAAAGGGAGAAAACUUAGUCUCAAAUGUGACCGAUACAGUCGCAAUGUCGAGCCCUGGUAGUAGUAAUCAGGGGUUUUGAUAAGCACCGACAGCCGGCCAAACACAUAGGCUACUUUGCUCAUAGAGGUUGUUUACUUUUUCUGGAAAGAAGAAGCAACUAGUUUGAAUAACGUCGUAAACAAAAAAUAUAUCAUAAAAUCUGAAUGAAAACCUAAGUAUGUGUUUUCAUAAAGGCCCACUGGUUUUAUGUUAUGCUUUUGUCAUGUGAUCGCUAUAUUUCAGUCAUCAGGGCUGAAAAUAACGGACAGCAGGCCACUGGUCAUGAUGACCAUCCAAAUAUUUUUCAGCCCGGACAAACCCUGAUUAUGGCUGGUCAAAUAAUGAAUACUAUAUUUUUUUUUGGCCUAAGGAAUAUUGAAUUACGCUGGCAAUAGAUCGUUUUUACUACAUUGAUGUUCACAUUUUUGACAGCAAGUUGGUGAAAAAUGCAUUCACACCUUGUAGAGUUCCUUUCCGCGGUUUUCGCGUGUUUUAAUGUCUGUUCUACCUUGAGUAUCAUCGUACGGCGGUGUCUGAAGUCUCUAAAGGUAUAAAGUGAAGCUUAAAUCCUUUUCACACUCCCAAGGUUCAGGAAAUGGAAUACACGUACGGUUCAACAAACUUAAGGAAUUACGAAAAAAAAUAAUUUGGGUUAUUAAAGACAAAAUCUGCACAAAUUUGUUUUAUGUUGAUGUUCUGAAAUGAACAUUGGUGAAACUUGAUCUUUUUCCUCGCCCGGUACGUGAUCGAAAAUCUCCUCCACAAAGAAGAAUUGUAGCUAAUAUUUUUGGCAAAGAAGUUGAUUUGCGUUCACGAGAAGUCUGUUCCACAAACAGCGUGUUUAUUAACUGAAGUCAAUAAAUAUACAGGUGAGCUUUCAUUUGGGUCAUCGGACAACACUUAAUCGUGAAGGGCUCAAAUGUCAACAGAAAUUUGGAUAAAGUUGUUUACAAGAAGGAGAAAUAAGUGCGAGAUAGACGACGUUCCUUCCUGAUUAGGUUAAAUUUCUGUCAGACUUUCGAUCUACCCGAAUUCCAUCGAAUUCCCAAAGCAGGCCACAUUACUAAUUACAGCAAAGCAAAAAGUACAGUAAGACCGGCAAUGUUGCGUUACUCCACAACUCAGUUUGUUAAUGUUUCGCUUUGUUGCGUUUCAUUACCACGUGAAGUUAAUUUUUUGCAGCGUUCUUUUUCUAAAAGUGUUUAGGGCAAAGCAGCAAAAAAAAAUGUUCGUAUCCAAAAUUGACCGGCAAGAGAAGAGUUUGACUAGUCAAGUCGGCAAUCGGGCCAGACGUUGUCCGUUGACCAGCUGUUAUUUUCAGCCCUGAGUCAUUUUUUCACAAGUUUCUUUAUAUGUUUAUGCAGAAUUUGUUUACAUGCAAAAGUACGUAAUUUAGUUUUCAUCAAUUGUUCAUUGCUUGUAGGAAUUGAUUGUGUGACUGAUAAAUUGAAAGCUACAUUUUCUUGAAUAGAAAACAUGCUCUUUUGUCCUCAGAUUUAUUCCCCAGAACGCUGAAAAUCGCAUUUUAGGGCUUGGAAAUUGCAAAAUUUUCUAGGUUAGAACAUGCCUCAGUUGCUCUAUUAAAACCUGCUGGCUACUUCAAUUUUCAUUGAAACCCCUGAGUAACAAAGGUGCCCCAGACUCUUGAAUUACAGCCUGGCAUAAAACUGACCCGAAUUUAUGCUGCUAGCUAGUAAUAUGGCUUGAAAACAGCACUGUAAUUCUCUCUUGGGUAACAAAUAAGUUUAAAAGGGUCAACACCUACCCCCCCAUAAUGGAGAGGUUCAACUGUAACAGGUCAAACAACUGACUAUUAUCAAAAUAAAUCAUUGUAACACUCUAUUUUUCUUGUUUUUAGAAUUCAAAACAACAUUGGUAUGCAGCUGGUGGGCAGGAACUUUUAUCACGUUUCAAGACCUAUCAUGCUUGACAAAUUCAAGUAAGUGAUAGUACAUUCAAAUCUUCAUGUUUGACCACUUUUUGUUAGUGACCACAUAUCUAAAACACCAAAAUUUUAGUGAAAUCACUAGUUUGACCCUCUUAUAAAUGACUGCACCUGUCAUCAGGGAAAAAAACACAUUUCUGGGAAAGCUUAACUUGAGCCUCGCCCAGGCCCAUUCUCGUGUCUUUUGAGGCUGUUGGUUGGGAACAAUCUUCAAGCUAUAUCUUGACGUAGCAAUAUGUAUUUGCAGUGAUUUUGUUACAAAUAGUAACUGAGACUCUUGUGAAAAAUCAUGAGUCCCAGUUCAAAAAACAAGGAGCAAGGCUGCAAGCAACAGUCGGUCAUCGGACAAUUGUCCAGUAAAUUUGACGUUUUGACCGGUGAAAUAUUAGUCUGGUCUGUCACUCUGACUGGGCACUUUUGAUCCAAAUUAAACUUUUAACUAGGUAUACCUAUCGAUAGAGUGCCAACGAGCAAAUCAUGCAUAUUUUGGAUGGGAAUGGAUUCCUUUUUUCCCAACAUUUGACAGUUUCUUGGUCCUUCCUGUCGAAAGGAUUAUUUCCUUGAAACUGAGGUGCUAUGCAAGUAUAAACUAGGUUCGGAGAAGAGUCAGUCCUCAGACUGCUGUGGCUUUACGAACCUGCUAUACAAAAGUUUGAAGUGUCAUGAGGCAUUCUUUUUUGAAAGAAUAAACCAGCUUGCAGAGGAAGCGAUCGGUAAUAUUUAGGGGUUAAUAUAAAAAAUGACCGUUUCUCUUACCACUACAAAAUUAGUGUCGGUUCGGUUUCACUUUGUAGAUAAAUAUUUGUGCAGUUUAAUCAUUUAAACCUCCUCUGAAAUUUCCCGAGGCUUUUUGACGAGUUCCUGAUUGAAUUUUAGAAUGAUUCGCUGCGCUGCUUGAAAUGUUUUCAAGGACAUGCGAUGUACGGCACGUCGGUAUUUUGUUUUCACUUUAUUAUAAACUCGGCCAGGUUUCGAAAAAAAAUAGCGUUGUUUUCUUUUCCUUUGUCGUUCGCUUUAGGCUUGUAAUUCUUUUUUAUUCUUAUUUUCCCAUUUGCUGGUUAGAUUUUUCCCCCAACAUCAGAUUUUCCAACAGAAGCCACUAUAUAUUCUUUGUAUCAAGCUUUCCUUAUCUCCUCGUGUAAUCUGAUCCUUUUGCUUGUUUCACAUGAAAACAUUUUCUUUGCUUAAACUGUUGUUUUACAAGCUUUUCUUCGUUAAAACCUUACAUUAAUGGCCCCACAAAUUAAUACAAUGCAUCAAGUUUUCAUUUUCCUUGACUGCCGGGGCCAAAUUUUGGUGAAUAAACAAUAAAAGCGUACCACAGUCAAGUUCAGUCUUCGCGUGCCGCUGAGAAAAGAACACAUGUGCGCCAAGUAUAGUUUACUGCCUUUUGAUUGGCUGAAACUGUCAUACCACUUGGUCUCAGGGGAAUCUACAUUACAUUAGGUUACACUUUUUGAAGCUCGAUUGAGAAUUUUUUUGCCUACAGCCCAGUCUUGCGCAGCUCUAUUCUGCUGCCGCAUCGCCAUCCGUGCGUCUUCGCUCGGAUGGCUCGUUGGCAAUUAUCAUACUUUAAUGACGCUUGUGGCAAAACAUUGUUCCGUUAUUUGGCUAAACACACACAUUGACAAUCAAAAAAUAAUAAUCUGCUAUCAAAAAGUAAAUCAGAAUUAAAUUUUUGUUUAAUUUUUGUUUUCAGACUGAUCAGUGAACUGAUACAACUGUUACAGCUACUGUCUGUGAUAAAUAUUGUGCAAUUAAAGCAGUGAAAUAGGUUGUUUUGUUGAAUUCUUAAUUUUGCUCUUUCAAUUGGAAUUUUUUUUGUCCGACCAGACUGUUUCCUUGUCAGGUCAGGUCUGGUCUCUGACCUGACAAAUGACCUGCUUAUGACAAAUAAUAUUAUUUGCAGCCUUGAGGAGUCCUAAAUUGCAUAUGCUUGUGCCUUUAUGUAACAGUUAAUCUGGACACAGACACCAAAGCUCUUAUUACAGUUUACUAAAAUAAAAUAAUAGUCCUAAAAUAAACAUGCAUGUUUAAACAACAGCCACAGAACUCACACAAACAGGGAAUUGUACUAAAAAUGUUCAAAUUGAUCGAUUGUUCUUUGCAUCCUACGGGAUGCAUGCCAUGAAUAUGUUGCAUCUUUGGGUAUUUUAAUGUGUCAGGGAUGCAGGAUGCGGAGGUAACAAAGUCACUGUAUAUGUGAUAAAAUUUGUCAUCAGGGGUCAAUCUAAUAAAACGUUUACAAGUGUAAUUCACAAGUGUAGCCAUUAUUUUAGAGUCUGAAAACAAUAGCUAUGCUUAUAAAUUACACUUGUAAAGGUUUUAUUAAAGUGACCCUAGGACACUUCUAUUGCAACUCAGAUUACUGAUUGAUAACAAUUUUCAUUCAAAGACUCAUACCUUUGCAAAUUUCUUUCAGGAGAGCCAAUUUCAGCUAGUGCAAAACCCUGAAAUCCAUUUUGCUCUCAGGGUGCUACCCCUGUUCCCCUGUGAGGCCUGGCUGGCUCCAGACCCCUUACCUGUUGGGAAGCCUCUGGACCUCAGUGCUGUCUACUUUCGCUUAUUUUCCUGCCACUUGAAAUUAAUUGUGACAAUGUUUUCCAUAUGUAAAUUAGAGCCCAAUAAUAUUAUUCCCAGUGAAAAAAAAGCCUCUUCCAAGGUUCUGCUCUGGCAGUGCCCAGCGGCCCAUUAUGCCUUGCUUUUGGUCCUGGGUGAUGAAAAAAUCUAAUUUUUUUGAAGAAAUCAUAUGCUGGGUGCCCUUCAGUUUUUCUUAAUAAACCUCAUUCUUGGCUUCUUCAUUUGGCAUGUUUCUGUCCACUGGUGUGACAGAACAAUGUCUGCUUGGCUGUAAAACCAACCACUGGUGGUUAAAGGGUCUCAGGGGGCAGUUUCAAAUGCUGCCGUAAUUUCCCCAUUGCUAAACCAAGGAAGCUGUUAUUUGGUAUUGGAAACAAACUGUGUAGUGCCUACCUGUAAACAACCUUUUGGAUAGUUCUCCUCCUAACAUGACAGAUCACCGGCAAAGUACUGUUUUAUCUUUAAAUAAUUUUUUUCAGCAGAUUUCCAGGGACAAUGGUUUAAAUUAAACCACGUGUUUGCUAUUAAUGCAGCAUGAAUCUGAAGAUGUCUACUGAUGAAAUGAUUUUUGACACUUACUUUAGGUUGGAGUUGUGGCCAGGUUAUACUACCUCAAUCUUGCAGUAUGAAACAGAUAUUCUUCUGUCUGCUGAUGUUUCACACAAAGUACUGAGACAGAGCACGGUCUUAGAUUACCUCUACGAACUGUUCCACACCAAAAAAGAUUUCCACAAUGAAGCCACCAAGAAAGUUGUUGGCCAAAUCGUCUUGACACGGUAUUGAUCAUGAGUUCUUUUAUAAAGACCCUUUGUCACUUUCCAUGAUGCAGCAACUAGCCUUAGAAGUAGCUUGCUCGCAGGCUACAUUGUGACAUCUGUAUCGCCUUUUUCUUGCAGAAUCAUUUCUUUCAAAUCUUCAGUUCAUAUUCAAGCAAUUGUAUCUGGUUGUCUUUUGUUUGUUUUAAUUUUCUGUCAUUGUGAGUACAUGUGCAAGUUUUCCAAAGGACUGCCAGAAGGCUAUUGUUGUUAACAUAAAAGAACAAAGUUUCAGUAGUUGCUAAGGCAAACAUUAUGACAAAACUGCCAGUUAGUGAAACAGAAUGGACUGGUUUAUUAACUGCGUUCUGCAGUUAUAUUCUUUAAAUAGAAGAAUCUUUUUUUAUUAUUUGAUUUUGAGCCCAAAAAGUUGCCUGAACUUUCGAGAAACAUGAGAAUGAUGUACAGGACGGUGAAGCAGAUACAACUUCGGUUUUGGAUGAUAACUUCGGUCUUUUGUAAAAUGAAAUAUGUUCAUUAAGAUGGCUGAACACAGUUUCUCUGCCAUGAAGUUGUGCGCAUGCUGAGAAAUUUCACAGACGUAAUUCAGGGUGUGCAUUAGGCGUGAGAGAUCAAGAAUUCUCCGUCUAAAGUUCGGUAGCCUAUGACUUUAUUAUUCAGACAUGGAGCCUCUUUCAAAAUAUUCCCCUUUAACAUUACACCUUUCUCCUGCUACUAGGAUUCUUAAUAAAAACCGUGGCAAUUGCUUCUGCUUGUGCAAAACUGAUGUGAUCUAAAGAAAAAUUAAAAACUCGAGAGUUUUUGCCCCUUGAAAUGCUUUAUCCCUCUACUGUUAACAUCUUUUUCAUGAGUAGAUAAGCAUGCAAUGGGACUUUUGUAGACAUUGUAAAGAAACGACGAUAUCUAGAAAUCUACUCCUUAGAAUUUGAUGAAAUGUGGCAAAAUUUUUGUCAAUAUCAUUCAAAACCUGAAAAUUAAAGUUGAACAGAGGAUUUUUUGACACGAUCAAAUUUCAAGAGCUGUUUGUUACUAUUCAGUUAAGUUAUUUUUAUAAAAUGAGCAUUACAUACUCAUUGUAACCUAUGAGCAAAUUCAUAAGAAAAUUUAGUGACUGGAUUUUCCAUAAACCUACUGAAUUCACAAGUUUAGGCUUGUGUUGCCAUGGCAAUGAUCGAAAUCUUGCAUUCAACCUAAUAAACACAAUGUCAUUAUUAUAUUGUCUGUGCCAAACUUGAGCUUUAUACCAUCAUGGAACACAUUCUUUCAAUGCAGAGUGACGAUUCACAAUCUAAUGAACUGUGUUCAGCCACCUUAACCGGCCUCAAAGUUGUCCUGUGUUUAACAUGUUACUUAUGAAUCAUUUCACUGUUGCUUGUUGACUGUGAGUUGAAAUUUCUCGUUGAUAUAUACUGGACCAAUUGACCAAAACCAGUAUUUUCUGUAUGCUAGUAGAUAGACAGAGUGCAAAGCAUAGAAAGUUUCUUUCCUUGCUAAAAGCUUAGUUUUUCAUUGCUUAAAAAUAAAACUUUUACUGAAGGUUUUCCAAGUCUCUAUGUUUUGAAUCUUUUUGGUGAUCGCUUAGAAAUUGACAGCAAGUAGUGUUUAGGCCCAAUUUAAAUUACCUUCAACACUGUUACUGGAUUUUAAAAUUUUAGAAUCCUAUGUAGAAAUGAUCUGAAGGGAAAUUACUUCGAGUUAGCGACAGGUUCAAGUUAUUGAGGGUUCGAGUCGCAGAAAAAGAAAUUACAGCAAAUGUAUUAAAGAAAAUCCAGGGAAAAUCAACUUUGGUUCGAGUAAGCACAAGCUUCAAGUUAGCAAGGGUUCAAGUUAUUGGGAGUCAACUGUAAAUUGCAACUGUUUCCAAAGUAGGGGAGGAAAAGGUUUGGCAGGGAUUCAUAUUUACUAUUUAUUUAAGUUGUUAUAUUUUUUUCAUACUUACUGUAUGUUUAAGUGUAGAAUUAUAAAACAGUGAUGAAAAGUAUGUGCAACAUUAUACACUUAAUGUCAGAUCCUGAGGGAACAGUUAGUUUUUUCCUCCGAGAGUGCUGAUGUUUCCUGAGACGAAGUUCCAAAGCUGCCUUACUAUUCAGUAUCAGCCUGCUACUAAAAGCUUUUUGACAGCCCUGAACAAUGUGUUUUGAUUCCAUCAUGGAACACAUUCUUCACCUUUAUUUAAUUGAUGGCUAGAAGGUGUGCUUAUGUUUUCCUCUUAGGCAGGAGUUUCUGCCUCAAGGUUUUUUUAUUAGAGGUAGUGAAACUCCUCUUGAUUUAUGAUAGUUUCUGAUGAUAAUCUCUUUGUCUUAGCACUGUAAUUAAUUCUGCUGUCUUUAUCCUUUUUAGGUACAACAACAAAACAUACCGUGUUGAUGACAUCAAGUGGGAUAAAAAUCCAACUCACACAUUCAAGUGCACAGAAAAAGGCCAAGAGGUUGAAAAGAGCUUUACAGAGUACUAUCAAAAGGUAUGUAGUCAUUUGUUAGUCUGGUUGCUGAAUUAUGCUACACUAUCUAAUAGUUUAUGUAUAAAAAUAACCCAUGUUUGAGAAAAGCUAAACUACGAGAUUUGUAAUGUUAGCUAUCAAAUAAACAUAGGCAUAUGUAACGUGUAUGAGCUAUUUUGAAUGCGUCAGUGUAACCUUACCAAGAUUAGUGAAUCUACCUUUUUCAUCCUAAAUGUAGAAUGGGUUUUUGUGCGAGAUUGGGUAUUAUGGUACAUAAAUAAAAAUGUGAAACACUCGCCUGAGUCAAUCCUCAUGCUUUUUUUCACUUUCCCCUGUCUUUCCCUGAAACAUCUGCCACGCGUGUUCUUAUUCCUCAGCAGCACAGGCUGAGGUUAAAAUAAUGCGGUACGCUUUUAAAAAUACAAAAUUUCACACAAGCUUAAUAUUUAAAGAGGGUAGCACGAAAUAGUUACAGAAACUAAUAAACUUGUGGCCCUCUAUCUAAAUUAAAAUUACGAAAAGCAUAAGAUUCAGAAUGUACAAAGUCUAAGUACAAAAUAAAUAAAACAUAAAAAGUUCUACAUCAAUAUGAAUGAGUAUAAGAGCUAAUAAUAUGGCUAGUGAAAUACAUACAAGAAUAUGAUUAAACUAUGAAAUGGUGUAAUUCCUGCUGCUCUUUAAAUAAGAUAUUUUGAUAAUUAUUCUUAAAGGAUUCUAGUGAUACUGCAUUUCUAAGGUCUAGACUAAAGCUGUUCCAGAGUUGGCAAGUAGAAACUGCGAACGACCUACCGCCUUCAGUGACCCGAUUAAAUUUUGGGCAAAUAAAUUUUAUAUUGCUAUAUCUAGUUACACGACUAUGUUGCUGACUGUUAUGUUGCUUACGCGCGUAGUUGUGUAAGUUCCCGCCAUCGCGACUUCCUGUGUUUAUGCAGCUAAAUUUAUUUGUCAAACAUGGCCCUGGCAGUCAAGAAAAAUGAGUACUUGAUGCAUUGUAUUAAUUUUGGGCGCCAUUAAUGUGAAGGUUUAACGAAGGGAAGCUUGCAAAACAAUAAAUUAAGCAGAGAAAAGUGUUCCAUGUGAAACAAGCGAUUCUCUCUACUAAAAAGAUCAAAUUACACGAGGAGAUGAGGAAAGCUUGAUACGAAGAAUGUAUUUGCUUCUGUUGGAAAAUCUGAUGUUAAGGAAAAAAUCUAACAAGCCAACAGAAAAAUAAGAGUAAACUAGGGUAUCUAAAAAAUAGUAAUGCUGCGGCACACUCUGGUGAUACUGGCAUUAGUUAGGCUGUGAGAACCGAAAAUGACAUUGAAUGUCCCAUUUACAUGUUGGAAAGUAAUAAUUACCAUCAGUGUAUAGAAAGAACUCGUGGGAAUGUUUUUUAGAAAAUGAUCAUCAUUAUAAGUGGUUAUCAACUCUGGUUUUCCCACAGUAAAUUGUAAAAAAUGAUAGAAAUUCAGAUUUAUAUUUAAUAUAAUUAUAUAUUUAUAUUUAAUAUACGGUGUACUAUCUUUUCCCUGGAAAAACAAUACUUUUUUUGCUGUUUAUUGCACUUUAUUAAAUAACAGUUAUUUAGCUAUAUAUUUAUAGAAAAUAACAACACAAAAAAACAGGAAAAAAAUAGGAAAGGAAAAGACGAACCCGAUACCUUCGGUUCGACGUGGCUACAUCUAACCACUACACCACAGAGGCUGAUUACGUAACCUUCAGGAAAAGUCUUUAAUUUAAUGCCUUUUACAUGAAAUUUCCACCGGCAAUAUGAUCAAGCUGCAUUAACUGAGGUAUUAAUAGUAAAAAAACAAUGCAAACGUAUAUUCCAUGGCAAUGAGUGAAUGAAUGAAAGUUAAGAAUUUGUUCAUGCUUAGCAUGCGUAUAUCGAGUUAUGGAUGCACUUGGUCAGUUUGGAGAGCACAAAAGAUGUGUAAGAGUUGCACGAGGCAAUAGCCGAGUGCAACUAUAGCUUCUUGAGUGCUCUCCAAACUGACCAAGUGCAUCCAUAACUCGAUAUACUCACAGCUAAAAGCAUGAUCAAAUUCCUUUAUAACAUAGCUGACAAAAAUGCUUGCUUUUUGAUUAACUGCAAAAUUCUCGUAACGCGCGACACAAUAACAAACGGUUCUAUUGGCUGAUUACGAACAUGCCACAAUCGUCUAGUUUGAAUGAAAUAUUGUUUCUGUAACAGUGAGAAAGAAAAUUUGCUUCUUUAUUCGUUAACGAUCAAUGGAAACUAAGCAGAAACAAAGGUAAAAGAGUCUUAAAGUUCACGUAAAGUUAAAAUCCUUAGCUAUCCUCUGUGACAUGUUCGUGAGAAGUCGUGGAGUAUGGUUUAGAUUUGCUAAACAGAUGUAGUGGUGGCAAAUGGUACCUCGAAAAACGUGGGGUCUCGGAAAUUUUUGGCAGGAUCUCUAAAUCGAGAAGACCUGGCAGCAGUUGUUUUUGUGAGUAAUAAAUUUAUGUCUUCUUGCGUAAUUUGAGAAAAAUUGAGAGGAAAUCGCUAAUCGUGUUCCAGCGUCCCGCUGGCAGGGUAUUCUAUUUCGCAUAAAUUGUGAAAUAAUAUCCGGUUAGAAAUAAGAGUUGACAGGCCAAACAAAACAUCAUAAGCUCGUGAUACGGGCAAAACGUGACCUUGAGAGUCUGCUUGAACAGAGGUUUUUCUUCUUUUCUGUCUCGCGCGAAGAUUACUAGCACUACACAGAGCACGUAGCAUUCUAACCUUUGACUGAGUAAAUCUCAUUUUUGCCGCGCUAAGUCUUCCAUUUAGAGGUCAUGAAGCAGGUUUGUUACAUGCAUACUGAGUAAUCAUUUCCUGUGGUUUAUGCUUCUGUGGGUGUUCCCGAUAGGACUUGAUUUCAGAUGCAGUUGUAAAGUGUUUAAAUUUUCUUGACCUCUGUUUGUUACGGCUAAAUAAAGAUUUUAGUUUCUUUGGCUGGCUUUCUCCGAAAUGCCUGCCUGGUGCGAAGUCCACGCCGCUUUUGUAGUUUUCUCAGACACUGUUUACAAAUAUGAUGUGAUGUGUCAUGCACAGUAAAUUGUAAAGAAAUAAUUUCCUCGUACACGUUAAAUUUUCCGCGUCCCCGCACAAGAUUUCGAUCGCUCUGCUUUUCGAUCGACGAAAAACACAGCACACAAUCGCACAUGUUUUGAUUUGUUUUGGUUAGAAAACCCUGCUUACAUAAAUCAUUUAAAUCACCGCAUACAUUAUCAGACCACAUUCAAUAACAACCAAUCAGCGUUAAGUCAAACAAUGCGCACUGUGUGUCAGCAUAUCACAGCAUGUUCCCAAGAUCUUGGGAACCCAGCAGGACGCUGGAACAUGAUUAGCGACGGCGUUACGCAGACGUCCCUUUUCCGCAUGCAACAAAGGAAAUAGGAGACGUCUGCACGCAGGCAAAUGGUUUGCGUGAUCGCAAAAAUGCAUUGAAUAUGUACCUUAUGCUGUGAAUUUGCUUCAACUCAUAGAGAUGAGAAAUACUCAGCACAUCACAGACAACUAUUCAAAAUUUUUCUUUAGCUGUUCAUCCGCUCGACCUCAUCUUUAAAAAAAAAUUUCUGCGUCCUAAUCUGUUGAAAAAUUUAUAUCAGCCAUUCAUUCAUUUGGCUGUUCUGUUUCUCAUCCAGGUUGUUACCUUGCAGUCACAUGCCAUGCAUUCAUUUUCAAGGAAGGUUUUCACAUGAGAGGUCGCAUGUUAGUAUGUAAAGCAGAGUCUAAUAGAAAAUCAGCUAUGCCUUCUUAUAAUACACCUUUAUGCACCUGAUUGGAAAAAUGUGGCUUGAAAACUAUAAGCCAUGAAGUAACAUGUACGGUACAGGCCACAUUUUCCAGGUAGAUUGUGUGUAUUUGACAACUUUUCAACUUUGACAUCUUUGGCUGAAAUCUGUGAAGCAAUAAACGAUGAUCUUGUGCUCUCAAACUGUACUUUAAAGAUCCAGCAAAUUUUUGGGGAAAAUCAGAAUUAUCUUUCUCUCAUCAGGCCAUCACGGAUGUCAGUGUGAGCUUAUUAUGUCACUUUUGUAAAAAAAAAAUAUUUGUGUUCGAUAUGGAGUAAGAGUGCAAGCAAAGACGUAUACUUAACUUUGAUUGCCAACUGGAGUAACACCAGCUUCGGUGAAGAGAAAUGAAGAUGUUUCAGAGGAAAAUGUGACCGGUGAAGAACAGCCAAAUAGAUUCUCAAGGUGAUCUCUCAAGUUUGCAAUCUGCAUCAUAAUGCUCACUGACAUAGCUUCUCAUAAUGUACCAGACUAAAUAUUGCUAUUGGUAGAGUUUAGAUUCUGCAGAGGAGAUGAAGUUUACGGCUGAAAUUUAGCACCUUAGGUGACACGACAGAUUAUUCAGUUUGAGUGUAUUCCUGUUAAAUUUGUUGUCCGAUUUAUAAGGUAUGUCUGAAGAAAGUCCUGCAAAAGUCAGUAAUAAUAAUUAUUUUCCCUGAUUUUCCUCAACCACUGUUAUCUUUUGUACUAGCCUCCAAGCAGAGGUUCUCUCUUGCAUGCAUAGCUUUUAGCGUUUACAAAGUCGUUCACGUCACUUGUCAGUAGUGUAUUUGGUUUGUAAACUACGUGACAGACAGGCAAUGCAAACCACUUCAUAAACACUUAAGGUUACGCAAUAGGGAAACAGCUGCUCACAGGGUAUUUCUGCACAGUUGUGGUUUACGCGUUUUUGGAGCCCAAGGCUUAGCUGUACGCAACAUGCAUUGCACAUAUCCAAUGAUUUUGGGGUUUUAUCAUGCUUUUGGUAGGAGCAUGAUAAAAGUGCUGUUCCUUUUGAACGUCGAUCUAUGAGUCAAUUGCUUUGUAAAUGUAACCAUAGUUUAUCACAGGAGAGUGUAAGAAAAGCUUGAUAUUUUGAACGUUUCUUUUUCUUUUUGCAACAGAUGAUAGGCAUAUUUUUUGCUCUUCUUGGAGCCAAGAGAUAAGCGAAAAUUGUCGCAAAGAAAUUUGUCUUGCUGGUAAUUCUUGUUUUAAAAACUCUUUUCCUUAACCCAUUCGCUCCUGGAGAUUUUGCCGAAAAACGCGUCUUGAAGCUAGUCGAGUGGUUUUCUGGUCACUGUCGUGCUAUAAAGAGCUAAAACUUACCACAAACCGGUUUACAGGUCGUACACUUCGCGGCCUUCUGAUCCAGAUGCAACAUAUCAGCUUGCAAAGUUCGGGCAUGCGCAGAAAGCAAAAUUUCGACAUAGUUUUUGGGUUUAAAAGUGACACAACAGUCUUGACUUUCACUUUUCGCUUUCUCUCCUCCCUUCUUUUUUCGCUUUUCUUGCCUCAUUUUUUUUUCUCUUGCUGGGCAUUUAGUAGGCUUCAUUUUGGUGGGAAGAGUUUUUAGGAAAGCUUUCAGGAUCUUAGGAUUAGGUGAAAGGAAAGGUAGGUGGGUAAUGGAACAAGAUUUUCAUGGAGAUUUUCAGGUCAUUGUCACGUGGUUUUUUGCUUGUUUCUCGGGUGUCCUUGACUAAAUUGUGCUCAUUCUGGUAUGGUUUGAAAGAUCUCUUCACUCUGCACAAGUUAGCGAAGAAAGUUGUCCUUGACCGUUAAAACUGAUGAUGUCACAAUGGGUAGAAAGGACCUGGAUCCGCACGGGCGGUUGAGGGGCGAAUGGGUUAAUAGGAGUGCGAUAUUGAAAGAGCGCGAUACUGUCAACAGCACUGCAAAUCUGUCAACAUGAAGACAUUUGACCAAUCAGAGCAUGAUGCCAGAAUCUGGUAUCAUGGAAAGAUGGCAUCAAAGGCAUGUCUCAAGUCUCUGCCACCCUUUUCCCCUCCACAGGCAACUGCUUGGCUCGUUUUGCUUGCCAAUAUUUUUCCUAUUUUACCCCAUUUUUAACUUGUGGGGACACGUGAGUGUACCACGAGUUGUCACAGGGACUAGGAUAUGCAAAUUAGUCACUCACUCACAUCAUCGUCAUCAAGUUGAGGCUAAUCCGAAUUCGAAAGUGUGAUGAUGUAUCAUUUCCGAAGAAGCACGCGCUCGCCCAAGUUCGGUGUGAUCAAAUUCUUAAGAGAACAUGCAUCGUUCGCUGCUCAGACUUGGAGUUUUCUUUGUGGCCAAUUUUUUACAGCACUGUUAGAGGUCUUACCAAAUUUAAGAUACACAGGAGUCUUUCAGAUGAGUAUGAUGGUUAACUUCAGGAUUGGGUUGACAAGAAGAUGAGCAUUUUUUCUUCGACUCCGCGAGAUCAUGGGGGAUAUACAAAUUUCAGUGUGCUGGACAGUGAUCUGAAAGUGAGAAAAUAUCAUGUCAUGCUAAUCUUAAUAACCUGUAUGAGCCAAAAAUGGAUGUGAUUUUGGCCAUUAGCUUCAAAGUAACAGCAGAAAUCAAGAUAAGAAAACAUAUGUUUUUCAUCAUACUUCGCAGACGAGGUUUAUCAGCUUUGUAAAGCAUACAAUGUAUGUUCUUUCAUUCAUUCAUUGCCAUUAAAUGCGUUUACACUGUUUUGUUGGUUUUUUUUUUAACUGUCAAUAGCACCGUUUUAUGCGGCUCAAUCAUCAUGAAUGGUGUUUGCUCGUGGAUUUUCCGUGGAAAAGGCAUUAAAUAAAAAACUUUUCGGCGGGAUGACAUAAUCAGCCUUAGUGGUGUAGUGGUCAGGUAAAAUGGCAACAAGCCAAAGGUUACGGGUUCGAGUCCUGCUCAUCUCCUUUCUUUCUCUUUUUUUUUUCCCGGUUUUUGUUUGUUUGGUCUUUUUUUGCUUAUUUGUUUUGUUGUUUUUCUAUAAAUAUAUUCCUAAAUGCAUAACUGUUAUUUAAUAAAGUGCAAUAAACAGCAAAGAAAGUAUUGUGUUUCCAGAGAAAAGAUAGUAUAUUAAAUAUAUGGAUAAACGAUCUGAAUUGCUAUCAUUUCCUAAAAUUUACUGUGGGAAAACCAGAGUUGAUAACUAUUUGAUUAUUUUCUAAACAACGUUCCCAUGAGUUGAUGAUAGUCUUUCUUUGAUUUGCCUUUUUCCCACACUGUGGAGUGAGUCCCAGACUAUUAACAAAGAGAUAGCGCAAACAAUCUAAUGAGUCUUAAUGUGCACUGAUACAACAUUUUUUUCAUUCAGGCAGAAAAAAACAUAACCAAAUAUUACAAAGUUAUUACAAAAUUUUUUUGACUGGUCAACAUUCCCGGCAACAGGUCAAAAAUGUUGGCAGUAGGACCUUUCCUCAUAUCUGUUAAAAUGUUUUCCUAAAUUGUUGGAAGUGUUUGCUUACUUGUUUGUUGUUGUCUUUAAGGCCUAUGAUAAAACAAUCACAGAUCCUGAUCAGCCUCUUCUAGUCAGUAAGCUGAAGAAGAUUGUAAGUGUUUUAUGCUGCAUUUUUUUAAUCAAUGGUAAUAGUACCGAGUAGAUUACAAUUGAGGCAGUGUGGGGCGAUUACCGUAAAAUUCCGAAAAUAAGGCACGGGGCUUAUAUUUUUCAAAGGCCUUUUUUGAGGGACUUAUUUUUGGAGGGGCUUUUAUUCACAGGGGCUUAUCUAUGGAGGGAAAUUUGCGUUUCAAAAUCGAUUGGGCUAGCCUUAUAGAUGGAAGUAAAUUGACCGUUUUAGUUGUAUUUGAGGGCAAUUUCCAAGUACAGGCCCGGGGGGGGCUUAUAUUCGGAGGGGUUAUUUAACAGAGGGUUUUUUGCAUUACGAGUUUGGGGGGCUUAUACAUGGAGGGGCUUAUUUUCGGAAUUUUACGGUAAUUCCAAAAUGAAUUGGAAGUGUGAAAAAAUAUGAAUACAAUGUAACAGCAAAAUCUUGGUUAGCAGUAUCCACUACAGGAGCUUUUAGACUAAAAUCUGGAAAAUCUUUGUUAAAUCUUUGUUUUUUUUUUUUCAAUGUUUCUGUUGGAUGUUAGACAACUGACUAGCACUGUUUUGGUUUUUAAAUAGCCUGGACAGAAACAGCAAAGAAUACCUGAUGGGGAGGUAUUACUUGUUCCUGAGUUAUGCUUUUUAACAGGUAUGUUAUACAAUAAAUUUUAGUCCUAAAACAGGAAGGGUAUGAAAUUCAUGAUGGUAUGUUUUGUCUUUAUGCAUAAAAAAUGGACAGUAUUAAUGGCUUUGGAAAACAGCACUUUUCUUUUGAUGCUUGUUUUUUUUUUCAUUAAUUUGUUCCUUAUGUGACUUUUUCACUUUAGUUGAUAUGGGUGAAUUGACCGUAGUAAUUGAUGGCACAAGUUAUUGUGGCAAAAACAAUCUUUGUUGUGAUGUAUCAGUGGGUGUUUCAGAGUAACUUUUCUGAUCAUUAAUUUACUUGCAUCACAUUUGUUGGGAUGUAUCUUAUGUAUCUUAUGAUGUAGUGUCUCUUAUUGAAAAAAUGGCUUUGUAAUAAUCUUGAUUGCAUCUGUUACCACUCCAGUGAAAGUAAAACUACUAACCCGCUUCAUGUCACACACGCAGGACUUACGGACGAGAUGCGCUCUGACUUCAGCUUGAUGAAAGAUCUGGCAGUGCAUACCCGCGUUGAUCCCAAGAAUCGCAAUGAUUCGCUCUUGACAUUCAUGGGUGACAUUUGCAGGUAGGUUUUUCAGAAAAAUCUGCCAUUGCGCAUCCAGUGGUAUGUGUUUUUAAUAUUACUUGGGUUCCCAGUGUUGCCCAAGUUAUAAAUCUGGGGAAGUGUUUGCAGUCUUCAAUCUGCAACUGGGCUCUCUAGUGCACCUGUGUUAACCUAAUCAGUUAGCUGGGCUGGCCCACUUUACCAGGCAAGUUCAGCUGAUGCCUUGCUUCCUUAAAAAAAUUUUGUUGUGUUUGUAUUAGAAAGUGGGCUGGGCCGGCUUGCCGAUAUUCUGGUUGCUUGAACCCAAAAAACAAGAGAAUAGGCAUAAGCUAACUGGACUGGCUCACUUCAUAUAAACAGGCCCUCACUUACUUAAAGAAAAGCAGAAGUCUUUCAAAUUAGAACAGUGCUGUAAACUGAGUCCCCAAGGAUUUGAAAUGCCAAGGCUAAGUAAUCAAUUCUCACUAAACUACCCAACAAAGCCAAAAUGCCAGGUCCAGGUUGUUCAGACAUUGGAUAGCACUAUCCAAUGGAUAAAAAUCUCUUCAUUGGAUAACGCAAUUGGUUUCCCUAAUACUUAUCUACUGGAUAGUGAUUUAUCCGGUGGAUAGCGCUAUCCAACAUUUGAACAACCAGGGCCACAAUGGUAAACUGCAGUUGAUUAUGGUGUGAUCCUUGUGUGUGUGCAUCUGGCAACACUGCAAGAUAAGACUAGCACUUGUUGUUAAUUCUGUCAAAUUAGAUUUAACGGCAUGAUAUUCUUCAAAUACAGUAGCAGAGAUGAUCGUCAAGUUGUUUUUUGCUGUUCUUGCCAUACGCUCAACAUCUUCCUUGCUGUCCCUUUUUCUGGCAUUAAUCCUGUUAAUUGUUUAGUAUUAUGUUUUCGUAAAAUCCACCAGUGGUCUAUUAUCAAUGCUGCAUUCUGAUUGGUUGAGCUACUACUAGGCUAUUUGUUAUAGCCCCCUAGCAGCGAAAAGCGUGGGCUUUUGGGGGGCAAAAAAGGAUUAAAUCUAGCUUUUAACUAGUUAAAAAAUUUUUAUUCUCGGUAUUUUUGACCAACUAGUUGGAUUGUACUAAAACAAUUAUUCCUCACGGCCUCAUGGGCUAUUGACUCAGAGCACAUUCGGGCUCGAGGAAUAAUUGUUAAAUAGAUUAUCCCAUAGGGUCUGCCAGAUUUUUCCAAUGCUUGCUCAUUAUAAAGAAUUUGCAGGGGGAUCAAAAGCAGCAAAAUACUUUGAAUGAAUUGGAUUUUACUUGAUUUUUUAUUAUUGUUUUCAAAGUUCUAGUGCAGCAUCUCCUUAAAAAAAAUUGUUAUAGCUUCGUCGCACUGAAAGGAAGCAAUUCAAAUUAAAAGAAAGGUAACUGUGUGAAGAGUAACAUCGGCUACUCACCUAUAGUUUAAAGUAUCUUUUGGACCACUGACUGCUGCAAGGGCACAGCUUGUAGUACAGGGAAUCUCAUGAAAUACUUAGUCAUUCAAAUUUGCUAUGUCUUUACAGCAAUGAUCAAUCAGCUGCUGAAUUGGCGGGAUGGAACCUUGAGGUAAAGUAUUUUUAAUGUAAUGUCUUAAGGUUGCUCAACCUAGUAUUUUUGUAUGCAUAACUUCCAUCUUUGGAACUCUUGUAUGUAAACAGCUUGAUCUGGAUGAAACAUAGCCUGAAGUUAAUUAUAAUGUUAAUCAUUUGUUGUGAUGCAAAUCAAUAUCAAGGGACAACAAAGCUGCUGCUUAAUGGGUGCCCAGUCACCAGACACGUCUAUGAUUUGUUCACAGGCGACUAAAAGUUUAAACAAGGAGUGUGUAUGGGCGCCUAAAUUCCCUGCUUAUUCUGUGCUUUGAAACUGCUCAAACAAACUGAGUUUGGAGACACAUGAAUCGAGUUGAGGAAAAGAAAUUUACACACAGAAAAAAGGAGAUAUGUCCUUCAAUGUUAGCUGAACCUUGACAAUGCUAUUGUCCAGGUUAAUAGGCAUGUUCCUCCUGCUUUUUUCACUGGUAACAAACAUCUUCCACUUGUGUUGAAUGUUGUCACUUGUUAUUGUUUGCAUCGUGAUCAAAGCAAAAAAAAUGUUCUUUUCAAAAGAAUAGAGUGCUGAAGUGAUCUCAUAAAAAUUAAAUUUGUGAAAUUAUGAGGUUUGUCAGGAUUUUCUGAAAGAAAGGAGUCAUCAGAGCAUAACUGGGCUAAUAAUUAUCUAAGAGACGAUUUGCCCCACAAAACUAGUUUUGGCGAGUAGGCCUCUUGGAUUUCUUUCUUUCAGAAUAUCCUGAUGAAUUCCUAUAUAAAUUUAAUUUUUUAUGACGUCACACUUAAGUACUCUUUAGUUGUCUAAUUUAAAGUUAGUCUUGUUCAGUUUAUAGUUCAGUUUCUUUGUUCAUUCACCAUUUUGUGCUACACUCUUGCUAUGCAAUCAAUUAAAAAAGCAGUUCUCAAAAUCUUUAUAAAUGCAUCUCUACCAGCUCUUCCCAGUCAUUGGUUAUUGCUAGUUAACUUUCUUAUUUCUUGUACGUCCUGUAUACAUCUUUGUUUUGUUUUCUAGUUUGAGAAAGAGACGAUGACUUUGAAUGGUCGAGUUCUUCCCCCUGAAAAAAUUUUCCAGAAGGAUAGAAAUGUGAGUUUACUUAAACUCCUUUGUUGUGCGUACAAUCAAAUGUGUUGAAGAAGCAGUCAAAGCACGGGACCUUUCCACAUCUGCUAUGUCUGUUUUUAUUAAAUAAUAGUGGAGACGAAUACAACACAUUUGUUGUCGUGCUGAAGUAUAGAGAGGUGUGAAUGUUGAAGGCCAAUCUGAAAACCAAUUUUAUCAAGUCGCAGUGUUGGCCACAUGAUAAGUAACUUGGUUCAAGUCCCUUAAAAUUUAUCCAGAUGUUUGUUUUACUGUCCUUUUGCUGAUGUUAAGCUUAUAUCAAAAACAAAUAUAUCACACAUAAAAAAAAAUUCCUUUUUCCAAAUUGCUGCUCAUUAACCCUUUGCCAUCCAGGAAGAAUAAUAUACAUGGGUCCAGUUGGACCAAAAACAACUAAAGCAGACCUCAUAGAGUUAAGAUAACAAUUCUUUUAUGUUAAUCUACCACUGGGAGUGAAAAACAAAUUUAUUCAUUAGAUAAUAGUUUUGCUUUGUUUCAGGAGUAUUUUGAUUGAUAUACCACAGUAAUCUGUGUAUGAUGCACACUUGUAUUCACCUAGACGUGUUUCAAAAUUUGAUCACUGAGUUUGUUCACAGGAAAAAUAAGAGAAAUCCCAGUAUCUUGAACUUGGGGUUAUUGGGGUUAUAUUGGUUCUAACGUGGUCUUAACUUGGGUCUAGUAUGGAAUUAAACUUAGGAGCUGUUCAUUUUCCAAAGUAAUACCUCAAGUUGGGAAAUGGGAACAACUCCCAAGUAACCAGUGUUGAAAUAGGAAAUUGUUAAAUCCACAAUAUAGACCCAUAUUUGACCCAAAUAUAGAGUCUAAUUUGGGAUAUAUUUACCCCAAGUUAAACCACAUUUAGUCCCAUAGAAGUGUUUACCUGAACCAAGGUUUGUCGCAAAGUUGUAUCCAAGUGGUCCCAAAUAGGGUCAGAAUUGGGAAAAAGAACAAGGACCUUUUAGCCUCAUAAAGUCCCACAAUGGGGUCAAACUGACCCGAUCUUUUAUUCUUUGUUCCAAGCACUGUUAAGUUCCUCCCAAAGGACAGGCUUAAACGGCAGCAAUUUAUUUAGUUGUCACAUCGAGCUAAAACUGAACUAAUACAAACCAACCUGAAUUUGAUGUAAAAAUGUCAUUCUUUUAUUUACAUAAACUAUAAACACUUACAAUACAUAAUGUGGUAUUUCUGAGAGUGUAAAUUUACAUAAAGACUUUGGAAUCCUUUUCACAAAUGAGUUUGAUUCUCUGAUUCGAUUCGAUUCUAGCUAAAACUAAAAACAAUAUUACUACUACAAGGGGAAAGUACAUGUAGUUGAAGAAUACAAGUCUUAAGCUUAAGAAAGUCCCAAAGAUAAACUGUUCUUAAGUCAAAGUCCAGAGCUAGAUGCAUUAACUGUUACUGAAAUCCAGUUUAGUGAGUAGUUGCAGAAUAUAACAAGUUCACAAUUUACAAAAAUGACUGCACACCACAAAACAGUUAAUGCUGGGGUGAGCAUGUCCCAAUUUCAACCAUAAAAAAUGUGUUUUUGCACGAAAUAGUCCUAAAGUAGGUGUGACUUAAUUUUUAUGAACCCAAGUUAUCCCCAAUGUUAUCAGCUGAAGAAGCUAGUUUUGGGAGUACUUUGGGAAAUAUGCAUUGGGAAUUACAAGAGAUGAAAUUUUAUUACCUAUAUAAACACCAAUGAAAUACCAGGUGAGCUUUCACGCUUAAACUUGAUAUCUUCACAUGUGAAAAUAACAUGUUAUCUUCACAGGUGAAAAUAUCACCAUUGCUAUGGCUUCAUAAUAAAUCACGCCAACACUCGAAGAGAAAUUUCGUAUCUCCGCUCGGCCAUGUAAUAUCCUCUAUUACUCUUAAAAUAUACCCAACUUUCCCCCAAGAGUAACCCAACUUUAAAAGUGGGGAAUUAUUAUUUCUCAGGUUAGAACCAAGUUCGACCCAAGUUUGGAUUUUUCCAAUGUUUCCUGUGGUUUUUUAAUGAAUAUCUUCAGGAAGGGAAGUGAUCUGCCAUUUUCAAGAAAGAGCGAUUGCAAGGAGAAAAGGAUGGUUUUAUUUUCACAUGAGCAGAAUAUUAUUUGCGGCCAAACACAGUUGGAUGAUAUUGUGCAUUUGCAGACCAUUAUUUGUAGGCAGUUAUUUGUGGGUCAGAAGGCGGGCUCUCGGCCAAUGAAAGGGAAGACAGCAUGCAAAGAAAGUAGUGUCUGAUAGCCCAGGGCUAUUGGAUGUUGCUAUCUGGCUAGUGAGUUCUGUUCUUGACUUGCCUAAUGGGCAAGUGAAGUGUUUUGAGAAAUUCAACAUACAGAAGAACUGUGAAAUAAAUUCUGCUCAUCAAAAAAUUUGGGGGGCUAGUUGAAAUGACGUUUGGGCUAGUAAAUGCUAGCUAAAAUGACUCUCUUUGCACCCUGGAAGAAAAAUUUGCAUGGAAUGAUGAUAAUUGUUUUUUUAAGAUGCAGAAACCAGUGAAACAGAAGAGGAUAAGCAGCCAGAUUUUUGUGUAGCUAUUUUUCCUUUCUUUGUCUUAAGUUUUUUUUUUCCAAAAUGAAGGCAAAGUUUAGGGUGCGCAUUAUACUCAGGUAAAUGUCAUAAUAUCGUUGUUUUGGUGUUUUUGUUUACUGUGAAACUAUCGUCAUAAAUGGUUGGUGUUGGUCACUUUUUGUUGAAGGGGUUAUCAUUACAUGACUAUGUAGAAUUAUGACAUAUCUGUUUUAUUUCUUCAUCUAGUAUUCUUAUGACCCCAAGACGGCAGAUUGGUCAAGGGAAAUGAGAGGAAUGCCACUCCACAGCUCAGUCAAACUUAACAAUUGGCUACUGGUAUUUACUCAGAGGGAUGCUGGAAAUGCCAAAGACUUUGAAAGCACUUUAAAGAAAGUGUGUGGGCCAAUGGGAAUGUCCGUUGAUAGUGCCAUCCAGUAAGUCACUUUUUUUAGCCAGCUGCUGGUUUGCAUUUGAUUCCAUGGCAGCCGUGUGGGUGGUCAGUGUAUAAUCACAAUUUUGUGCAAUUAGUUCGACUUCACAAGGUUUGUGCUUACAUAAUCCAAAGGAUGCGCUUCUCACUUUCAUUCUCAUUUUUUUGUGAUAUGCUAAUGCAUCAGCUGACUGUGUCCAGUUAAAGCAGUGGAAGAUGUUUUUUGCAUGGCAAGGAGCCAUUUUCUACUUGUCCCGCUGCACUAGAGGCAUUUCCCUAGCCUCUUGACAGCGACAUCCAAUUAUAUUAAGAUGGUGACGUAUUGAUUCUGCUGUUUCUUUUUAGAGGACCGUUGAACAAUGACAGAACAGAAACUUACUUGCAAGCCAUUAAAAGUCUUUACAGUGAUUCAUUACAGAUGGUUGUAACUAUUUUGACAUCAAAUCGAAAGGACCGUUAUGAUGCCAUAAAGAAGCUCUGCUGUUUGGAAAUGCCAGGUGAGACAGAGUUCAACAGAAAGAUAGCUUUUACACAGGGCUCAAUUGUCAGGGUUUGUACAAUCUUGAAAAUGGUACUAGUCAUCUUGAAAAGUCCUUGAAGAGUGCUUGACUUUUCUCCAUACCUUGUUACAUGAAAUUUUUGUGGCACUUUAAUUUCAUGAAAAAAUUAUAGUGAUGAGGACAAUGCAUGCAUGCAAUGCAUUUUAUGAAGGAUGUAAACAAGCGACAAUGACAUUUCAUUUCUCUUUCUGAACUGGCAUAGGGAUCCUAGGAAUUAAAAUCCGGCGUGGGGGGGGGUGCCUAUUUUUGAUAGAGUAGAUGGGUAGGAAUUAUCGCAAUUUAGACUGGAAGAAGGUAAAUUAAUUCUUUUAAGUGAUAUUUUCCCUGUUGGAUUGUUGGAUCAUAAAGUUCCCAGUGUCGCAAACAUAACAUGACGUGAAAAUUAAGUUAAAGGAUGGGAGAAAGUGGGAUUUAAAAGUGUUGUAACUGCCAGUAACCUCCUUUUUAUCCUUUUCAAGACAUUUACAUACAUGAACAUUUUAGGGACAUUGUUAGAACGUCUUUGUUACUAACAAGUGCCCUGAACGCUGUGCAUUUCAAAUAGGUGGCAUUUUACUGAUAAAUUGUGAUACAAAGAUUUGAAAAUGAACCAAGCGAUUAAAAAACACCAUCAAAGUUAGUAGCGUGCGAACGGCAGACGUGUCUCCUCACUCAUCGCCAUUGAGGGACGUUUCGCGAGGAGGAACGUCUGCGACUCAGCGAUAGAAAUUCCAUACUGAUGACGUAAAUCAAUGUUUACAUAAUAAAUCCGGUAGUCAUGGGGCUCCAAAUGCAAAUUUGUUCAAUUUUACGUUUCUCCUGGUCGAAUUUGGAAAAGUGUUGUGUUCAUCUGCGUAUGAGCUCCAGCAGAACUCAAAUGCUUCAUCUGGAGAAUACUAUAUUCCACCCAUAUUGACUGCUUUGUUAGAGAUUCAUCGCAUUUACAUUUGACCUUUGCCGCCUUUUGUCUUUUGUCUGUCAUUCGUAAACAAUAGCUAGAACAAUGAAACUGCUCCAUCGACCAAUUAGCGCUUCUGACUGGAUUUUGCGUCAUCAGUAUGGAAUUUCUGUCGCUGAGUCGCAGACGUUCUUCCUCGCGAAACGUCCCUCAGCGACGAUGAGCGAGGAGAAACAUCUGCCAUUCGCCAGCUACAAAGUUAGCUGAAAAGUACAACAAAACUAAGAGAAUUUUAUAAAGAAUGAUUGUUUAAACAGUGAAACAGUUAAAGUGAUCCACCACUCUUAAGGUUUAAGAUCUGCAAUAAACCAUUCCAUUUGAAAAAUUCAUUUCUCUAAUAAUAAAGAAUUUUGCAAAAUAAAAAUUAAAAAGGUCUAUCAAGUGAGAGCUGGGCUUUCAGAAAAUUGAUAUCUGAGGAGUCGAUUUUCACACCUAAGGCUGCGUGCAAACGGAAGUAACAACCCCCAUCAUUGUUGCGCCAUCAAUGUUGGGAGUUGUUGCAUGUGUGUUGGUAGUGGUGUGCAAAUGGACGCAACAAUUAACCCACGGAGAACUAAGGAGUUCAUAAGAACUCGUUGAAACAUGUCCGUGUGUUCCAGAUCUAAUUGGAAUUUGAAAGUGUAGGUUUUUAAGGAGAGGGGAAAACCAGAGUACCCAGAGAAAAACCUCUCGUAGCAAGGGACAGAACCAACAACAAACUCAACCCACAUAUGGCAUCGACGCCAGGAUUCAAACCCGGGCCACAUUGGUGGGGGGCGAGUGCUCUCACCACUGCGCCACCCUUCUUUCCCAUAAUGUUCCAACCUGCAGUGCAUCAUGAGAAGGAUACAACCCAUAAGUCUUUGUAAACCAUGCGUAAUGAGCAUGCGUGGCCCCAACAAUGUUGGAAGAGCUGUGCAAACGAAUCCAACAUUGUUGCGCUACGCUUCAGCGAUCACAGAACAAAAGAAAUGUUGGGAGUUGUUGGCUGAAAAGUUUGACCGGUUUCAGACUUUGCAUAGCAACACGCAACAACAUCCAACGAAAUGCAACAGGGGGUGCAAACGGACACAACAUGUAACAUCCAACAAUGUUGGGAGUUGUUGGCCAACAAUGUUGCGUCCAUUUGCACGCAGCCUAAGGGGUGAUUUGCAAUUUAUAUCACAGGCUCAAAAAAUCAAAAAUUGCAUCUUUCUGGGUUUCCCUCAAUAACUACGAAUAGAAAUUAAAAUUGAACUGACUUACAGUUAGAUUGUUCACGUACCUUUAAACAACCAGCAGUGACCAGCAAUUUUUUCCUGAGAUAUAGAGGUGACUGCCUACCUUAGAAGUCGACUGUGAGCCAUAAACAAUUAAUUCAUUUGCGUUCUUCUGGUCUAUUUUGACUAUUUUGUUUCUUUUUUAAAGCUUAAGAUUUGUGCAAAAUGUGUCUGGAAUCAUGAGAAAUUUGGAGGAAAUAUUGUAAAUUCCUUUUUUUAAUAAAAUAGCAGAGUCACCAAUGUGAAGAACAGGUUCUCGAGAGGGGUUACCCAGAAUUAUUGCUUGGGUUUUCUUGCCAUGUACUAUCAAGAGAUUUGAGUCAAACCAGGUUGAGAGCAUGAAAGUAUCUACUCGAAUUAGCACCGCCCUUAAAUAAGCACCACGUUUGGGACAAAAAAGUAAAGCACCAUUGACCAUUACAAUCAAAAUCAAAAGACAUUAAUUCUGUUAAAUACAGAAAAUAACAAUAUCAUAGUUUAAAAAAAUUCUUUGUUUCAUCCAACUUACAAAUAAAUGCCACUCUGCGUCAGCGCUUAUUUGAGUAAAUACUGUAUGCUAGUUAAUGAACAACCAAUUUCAAAAUUCAGAUUUGAAAGGGCAUCUGUCCUUUUACGUAAAUAAAAUUAUUUCCACCACUGAACAGUGUAUUUCUUUUUUGUUGUUUUGGUGCCUGUUGCCGCUGUCAUUGCUAACGCACCCUAUUAUUUACGAAACAUUGUGAUCAGUUAGAAAAAUGGAAUUUUCUCGGUGCAAAUUAAAAUGGUCCUGCUCAUAGCAUCUGUAACUUUUUCCUUUGUCAUUGGUAGUUCCUUUGUUUCUGGUAAGGUUUAUUCUUUCUUUUAUACAUUUUUUGUUAUAAUCUUUAGUGCCUUCGCAAGUUAUCGUUGGUCGAACAAUUUCCAAAAAGCAAAUGUUAAUGAGUGUCUGUACCAAGAUUGGCAUUCAGCUUAACUGCAAGCUUGGUGGAGAAGCUUGGGCAGUUGAAAUCCCAGUAAGUACAGUUAUGACUACAGUGUCUUGAUUUUGUACUUAAAGGGGCUAUGUCACAAGGAUGUUCCUGCUUUUGAUCAUUUUUGUGCGGAAGUCAUUACUUAGCUCCUUUACCCAUACACAAGAUGCUACUGUAAGGUCAUGAAGAAGAUAUCACAAAUUUUAUCAGAGAGCAACAACUAUAAUCAGAUUUAAAGCAUAGCCUUAAAACGUGAAAAGUUUGGCGCAAGUUUUUCAAGUUUCAAUCCCUGUCCAUCCUUGCCAUCCUUUAAAACGGACGACAGGAAACAGUUUCAAUACCUAAAUAUAGUCUUGAAUAACAAAACUGGACCAUUAUUUUAAGUACACAAUAGAUGCGAUAAAGGUUUUAGCUUUUUGAAAAGGCAGUAAAUAGCGUGACAUAGUCCCUUUAAUCAUAGUUCCUUGCACUUCUGAUCAAAGCUCUUGAGACUCUGUCGCAGGUGAUAACUAGCCUGUAGUGGACACUUAUUUUUGCUGUUAUUGGCAAUAUUGUAUCCAUGAUUUGAGCUACACCUUAAAUCAUGUUAAAACUCCUGAAAUAGGCCAUUUUACAGUUAUGGAUGGAAGCGAGGCUGAGGGUGACCUUGUUUUGAUACAAACCUUCUUUGUUUUGUUAUGGAAAUUGUUCUUGAAAACUACUGGUUAGCAUAAGAAUAACUUGAUUUACAUAAUAAGGCAGGAAGGUUUGUAUCAAAACAAGGUCACCCUCAGCCUCGCUUUCAUACACAACUGAAAAAUGGCCUAUUGUCUUUCAAUAGGAAUUUUUCAUGUGAUUGGUUCCUGAAUUUUAACUCUUUGAUUGUCACUGUCUCUUCAGUGCUAAGGCUGCUCAAUUGUGUGUAAAGUUAUUGUCAAGAUAAAACAGUCAAUAAAGUAGGUUAUAAGCAUGGUGAGGAGAGGAUUGCUAGUUUGCUGGUGGUGUUAUCCUAUUCAAGUGUUAAAAAUUAUAAAACCCGAGUUCAACCCUCCAAGUUAAAGUUUUUGCUCGGUCACCAUUUCGCAACCAACUCUUUUGGUUUAGGGAGACUUUUUUACAAAUCAAGUCGCCAGCUCCAAAAUGUUAGGCACCAUGGCGGCCAAAAUGGUUGCAACUUGAAGGGUUGGAGUUUUGACUUAAAACAGUUAUUAGCCUGUGUGCAGACACCCCCGGCCUUCCCCUUAAAAACAGUCAGAGAGAGGAGGGAAGGGGGCAUCUG